AUGGCACCCCGAAAGCCCGAGCUCAAGCCGCAGCUCAUCAAGGAGGCCAGAGAUGCUGGAUUUCUGACGCUGCCUGAAGCGCCCCUGGCUGCUGAUGAGGCCUUGUCAAAACACUACUUGGAUUUCCGCGAAGAGACUGCAGCCAAGCAAAGCUGCUGGUCACGGCCGCAGGAUGCGAACUCUGCACCAAGCAAUGAGCUGAUCCAGAAGACCUUGCAGCCCUGUGAACGGCUUCCUCGACCUUUGCCACCUGGCCUGGGAGGAUCUCGGCUACGGAGGUCUUUGCAGGCUUUUGCUCGGCCACGGCGAAGGAGAACCGAAAGUUCCGUGAUCCAACACAUCUUAGAUGAGGACGACAGUGAUCUCUUUGACGAUGAGAGCGACGAGUCCGACGUGGAGGCGGCCCUGAAGGCCUCGUCUGGUGAGACGGUCGAGGAUCCCUACACUGAGAUGAUGACCGCGGUUGCGGGGGCACCAUGGGGCACCUGGACCUGGUCGUCUCAAAGAACCUUCUCCAAAUUUCUCCGACGUGAUCUCUUCAUGGUGUCUUUGGUCAUUUUUGCUCAUCUUUGGCUGGCGCCGGUCAUGCUGCCGUGGGCUCCAGAGAACAGGUGCACGGUCCGUUUUCCCAUUUUGCGAGCCAUGGAAGUCUUGGUCGAGGCAGCCAGCGAAGUUCCUCAAGGAUGCUUCGUGAGCGUGCGCCUUGGAGACAGUCUGAAACAGCGUCGCUUUGACAAGAACAGUGCCAAGUACUACUUCCCAACACCGGAGGAGAAACGCAAAGCCCGCAUUGAUGUCUACCAGUUAGUCGGCACUUGCUCCGUCCCCAUCGACCCGACCGCAGUUUCUGACAGCAACGACGUGAGUGUUAUUUCAUCAGAUCCCAAGUCGGCCGGAAUGAAGCUGAAAGUGAGCACCACCAACAAAGACGUCAAGCCUGCAGAGGUGGCGAAGCACCGUCAAGAUAUUGAGGCGGAAGCCAAAGAUGGAGCGGUUGGAUAUUUGGCAAAGCACGGCAUUGAGCAGCUCCUCUCAGAUUCCUUGAAGACCAUGCUCAGAAUGAAGCCAGAAGAUCCCAUUGAGUUCAUGUGCAAGUACCUGAAGGCCGAGGGCAAAACCCGCGAAGCUGAACCGAAGCCGGCAGCCCCGGCAGCCCCGGCAGCUGAGCCAUGCACAGCGCCCUUUGCAUUGCGUCCGUCAGUGGGGACUUGGUACAUGCCAUUGAAAACACCCAUCACUGUCCCAGCUGCCCCAGCUGCCCCAGCCGCCCCCGCCGCCGAACCAGCUGCUGCUGCGACACCGGUGGCUGCAGCGGCACCGACUCCUGCGGCUGCAGUGGCGCCGCUUCCGGGUCCACCCUUUGCUUUGCGUCCAUCGGUGGGAACCUGGUACACACCACUGCAGGACGAAUCCGAUGGCCUGUGGAAAGCUUCAAAGGUGAUGAGCAUCAAAGGCUUGGGGCAUUCCGUGGCGGAGUGCUGCGAGGCAGAGCGCGUGCUGACCAAGGCGCUCUUUGAGAUGGAUGGCGAACUGAAAGGUGAAUAUUUCUCCUUCUCUUCUCAUCCGUUGAAACCUUCAGGUUUGAGCUCUGAGGAGACAGAGAUGCUGAAGUCAAAUAAGUUGCUGUUCUCCACCAGUGAGUCCCAAGGACGAGGUGUUUACUUGACUGAGAAUGGUGACAUUGCGCUCUUGCUCAAUGCAGACAAGCAUUUGCAGAUCUUGGUGAAGAAAUCCGCCAAAGCAGCAGCGCAAGAGAUUGACACGGUGGUCUCUGCACUCCAGGGCGGCUUAAGCCAAGACGGUUAUGUUCUGAGUCCAUAGGGCACCUGUCGCCGUUGGCCUUGGACGGGUUAAACAUGUUCGGAACAUGUUAAGACCUGGGCGUUACUUGAUUCUGAGCUGUGAUAGCAGUGCUAUGCAGUGCCGUGCUAUGCAGUGCUAUGCAGUGCUAAUCAAAU